UUCAAUGGCGGCGCUUUCAAGUUUGUCUGAGAGUACCGUAAAAACUGUUCGCCUAACUUAUCAAGAACUCCUUGAAUUGGCAAAUAUCUUAGACAACGAGAAGAAAGAGAAGUCACCUAAGAGUAAAAGCAAGGAAAAUCUCGAGGAAAAUGAAUCUAGGGUUGUUGUUUCGCCAAGUAAAGAUGAGAGGACGAAUGUUGACAAGGAUGAGGAAAGUGAAUCAGUAGUUUUAGAAACGAAGACAGACUCAAAGAAAACUGAAAAGAGGACCAAAGAACAGAAGAAGGGUAGCAAAAAGAAAGGUGAAGAAAAGAGGAAGCACAAGAGUCGAUCGCAUAGCGAUGAAAAGCACAGUGGACGCGAAGACGAUGACGAAGUUUGUUCGCAUCACAACAAAGAAAAACGUGAAAAAACUACCAAGGCUGAGAAAACACAGAAUGAUUCAACUGAGAGCUCAGUAGAUGUAGAAGUUUCAGGCUCGUUGAAGGGCAAAGAAGAGAAAAAGAGUCCUCGUAAACGUAGUCCUAAGUUGAAGGAAGGUUCAGGUGAAAAAACAGCUGAUUUAGAGGAUCAUGUUGCUAAGUUACGACUGGAUGCCCAUGGAGAGGAAGAGGAAAGGAAGAAGGAUACYGAGGAAGGAAACUCACGUAAAUCUAAUAAAAACAUCAAAAAGAAAACUAAAAGUUCCGAAGAAAGGGAUAAAAAACAUUCUGAAUCAAAAAGGAAAGACAAAAAGAAAUCAGGUGUUGUGGAAAACAGCAAAAAAGACUCAUGUGAAGAGGAAGGGAAAGAAAAAGAGAAAAGAAAACGAAAAAAUGAUAACAUAAAAAUUGAUGAUAAUUGUUUUGAAGAUGAGCAUAAGAAACAAGGUAUUUUGAAGUCUUCGCCAAAGGCAAAAGGUAUUCAUGUUAGUUUUAGUGAGGAUAUCGAAGAUCCUCACUCUAGUGAAAAUAAUAAUGCAUUAAGAAGUGAAGAAAGAGGGAUUAUAAGGAUUCCCGAAGGGAUUGAUAUACAUCAAGAAGAUGGAAAGAUCAGAGGAAGCACAGAGUUUGAAGAAUGUCUUCUAGAGAUUGAUUAUCAUCAUCAUGAUGUCAAUGAUGGUCAUGAUGAUGAUGAUGAGAGUAUUUCACAGACAGCUGAAAUAUCACAUGACAUACCUUAUGACAAAGGUGUUCACCACCAUGACAAUCCUGAUGCCAAACCAAUUGAUAAAGGAAAAAUAAGCACCAUGGAGAAACGACUCAAAGCCUUAAAUCGGCAAAGAGCUCAACAGCUAAUAAAACAAUGUCAUCAUGCUGAAAAUAGCCUAAGUAAUCUUCUUUCCAAAGGAAUAUCUGAUAAAGGAAGUUUACAUAGAGUAUGUACACUGAGUAAAGAAAUACAAGACUUAUACCAAGGUGUUAUAAUGCUGGAUCUUGGUUUAGCUAAUCAACAUGAUGUUGACCAGUUACUGUGGAAGAAUGCUUUCUACCAAGUUAUUGAAACAUUCCGAAAAUAUAGUAAACUUUUUUUAGGUUAUUCAAAUCAAAAAAAUAUGAUGUCUUCCGAUGAUAUCAAUAAGGAACUUUAUCAAUUCCUGGAGACAGCAUCUUAUUUUUACUCUGAUCUACUUGGGGGACUCCAGAAGACAUAUCACUUUGAAGUCCAGGAUAUUGUGAGCCAGCCAAGGAAAGCUGAAAUGUUGGGUAGAAAUGCAAAGCUAGCUCUACUUAGCUGUCACUACAUCCUUAUCUUUCUCGGAGACAUUGAAAGAUACAAGGAACAGCUUCACACAUCAAAGAGGGUUAACUGGGGUGCAGUCAGGACCUGGUAUUUAAAAGCCUCAAAACUUGCUCCUAAGAAUGGAAAACCCUACAAUCAGUUGGCCGUUAUCGCUGUCUAUGCUAACCGUAAGCUGGAUGCAGUUUAUUAUUAUGUUAGAAGCCUGGCCGUUAGUUCUCCUAUCCUCACAGCCAAGGAGAAGCUCACAACUAUUUUUCAUGAAAUUCAAAGAAAGGCUGAUCAAGUCCAGCAGGAAGAAGAGAUGAAGAGAAGACAGCAAGAACGCCAGAGGACUGCACAUGAUAGGAGAGAUACCCCUCGAGGGCAUGGAAGGAACGUCUUUAAGGAAGCAGCCAGGGAGGUUGGACUAGUUGCAGAAAAAGAGCCAAACAAUACAGGAAGACAUGAAAUUUGGGUCUUCAUGAGGCAAGGUAAAUGUAGAAGGCUUAUUCUCACUAAUCAAGGGAAAAUCCAACCAGUAGAUGCCACAGGAACCCCAAUCACCAAAGAGCACCAGCAAGAAAAUAACCACAGGGAUCCCAUCAAAGAAUCACCAAAGAUUUCUCUUCAAGAAGUGAACAAGAAAUUUAUGCUUCAUUUCCUUUGCGCACAUGGUCUUCUCUACACUAGGAUUGGCAUGGAAAGGCUUCCUAGCCUACAAGUACAGUUGAUAGGAGAGCUGCACACCUUGCUGGGCUUCCCCCAGUGCUCUUCUGUCAGUUACAUCAGCCUGCUACAGAUGUCUGCUAUUAGCAUGUAUGCUAUUGAUCACACUGCACCAAGAGAAAACCCUGAACCAUUUAUCAGAGUCGGCACCCCACAAGACCAAGCACUCACCCUCGCUAUAGAUAUGCUGAUAUCAGUGCUUAAUGCCUGUACAGAACUCCUGAUGAAACCUCAGGAAGAUAACUGUCACCAUGGUAACGGUAUUGAGCUAAGUGCUACCUUAAGACAGUUCAUUCCUGCUGUAAAGGUGUGGUUUGAUUGGCUAACUUCUCAUCAAGAUUUAUGGCAAGCUUCUAGCAUUAGUAUUCAUAGAACAUUAUGGGAGUCCAUUGCUCAGUUCACAAACUUGCUGAUUCAGCAUGAAUCGCCUGAAUUUGAGGAAGAGGAAGAUGGUGAAGUACUUGUGACCCUCAGGGAAGAUGAAUUCCUAGCAGGCUUCAAGCCACUUGCUGAUGCAAAGAAAUAUUCCAUGACAGUCAGAGACCCUCAACUCAAGGAAUUUGCUGAAAACCAUCUUCACAUUAUUGCAGUAAAAGAUUUUUGUAGACUGAUGUCGUCAAUACCAAACCCUACACUGCAAUACUGUCAGGACACUGAGCAAUACACUGCCGUUAUAACAAGUAUCCCUGCAUCCCAGCCACAGAACAGUUCAUCUGUAAAUGUACACAUGGAUGUUGAUCAUCAGACCCCUGAUCAUCAGGAAUCAUAUGAGUCAGAUGACGUCAUUAUUGAGAGUGUAUUGGAAGAUGUUGAAUCUGGUGAUGAAGCAGACAAAGGAUUCAAAGAAUUGAAGGCAAAGAAAGAAAAACUUACCAGAGAAUUAGAAGACCACCAAGAGAAACACAGUAAAGCCAGGGCUGUGGUCCACGAGAAUGUUUCCAGACCACACCUAAUGUCAGAGAACUACCCUACAUACCUGGUACCAGAUACCAACUGUUUCAUUGAUCAGUUGAGUGGUUUACAAGCCAUCGUCAUGACUGGGGACUUUACAUUAGUUGUGCCUUUAGUUGUUAUCAAUGAACUUGAUGGACUGAAGAAGGACCUUAUGAUUGACAAAUAUCAUGAUUUUGCACAUGCACAGAUGGUCUUGGAAAAUUCUAGAGCUGCUAUCGAUUUUCUGGAGGAUCAGUUCAGUCUUCGGUCACCAAACGUCAAAGCAGUAACCAGCAAGGGUACAGUUAUGGAUACCAUAGCCUUUAGAAGCGAGGAUACAACUGCUAGGACGGGUAAUAAUGAUGAUGUCAUCUUGUCCUGCUGUUUACAUUACUGUCAGGAAAACUUUGUCAACAGACUUGCAACUGCCGACCAGCCAAUCACUAUCCGUCGCAAGGUGGUCCUUCUAACUGAUGAUCGUAAUCUACGUGUGAAAGCCUACACGAGAAACGUACCAGUACUGACUGUACCACAGUUCCGACAGAUGGCACGGUUAUAAAGCACGUGACUGAACAAGUGAGGGUCACAUGACCUGUGGCGAGAUAUCUGAAGUCGCAUGGUGAUCACAUGAUCACGUCGACAAACAGCUAACCAGAGGGGUGGGGUAUUGACAGUGGCCAAUACUAAUGUUCGAUUUUGAAUUCAAUUGACCCCUCGCUAAGGUCGAGCAAUGGCACAACCGACAAGCUAUAUAACUAAUACCCAUUGUUUGACCUGUAUUAUCAAACAAUGUAAUGCUGACGUACUGGUGGGGACAGAAGAGUAACAUCCAGCUUGUCCUUCAGCAUGACCGGGUUACCUCCCUCAUCAUGGCCUUGCCUCCAUAUCUGGAACCUAGUGUCAGGAUGCUCCCAUCUCGGUCUAAUGAUGGUUUGCAGCAAUCCCUAUAAGAGUCAAGAGACCAAGACGAUGGCCAUGUUGGUGGCAUUAGCAAAGGAGGCUGAUGAGGAAUCUUGUGUUAAAUACCACUAACAUGGCGGCGAUGACGUAACGUGCAACAAUACAAUAGUUUACUAAGGAGUCAUGUAAAUGGUAGUUACUUUUGCUGAAUACGAUUACAGUAUUUAGCUAUGUUAUCAUUUUGAUAUACACCUAUUUCGAAGAUCGUUAUCGCACCAAGAGCUUCAAGUAACAAGCCAAGGCUCCAGAGAACGUCGGUACUUUAUAAUUGAUUUAUUCAUGGUUGAUGCAAGUGGCUAUAGCUCUACACUAAU